AUGGCGUAUGAGCAAGGGACUGCCUCGUUGUUUUCUCUGGGCGUUUUACUGAUCCAAAUCUAUGCUUCUGACAGCCAAAGUGUUGUACGUUCAAAAGGUGUAAAACUUGGACAUCAAAACGGUACAUCUAGAGGUAAGAUUAAGUCUCGUAUCGACGGUUUGCAAACCUUUUAGAUUUGCUUGAACAGUAAGCUCAAAUAUAAGAAAAUCACGGGAAUGAUUAUCGUUUCUUGUAAACACUUGAAGUUGAAUCAUAAUCAGUUCGCUCGAUAUGAACUCCUCAAAGUUUGUUCGAUCAGAUUGAAUCAAGCAGUGUUUACAACGUAAACGAUUAAGCUGAUUUCGUUCCCCAUGGCUUGGCUUAAAUUUUUUUCAAGUUGUUUCAUGUUGUUCUAUAAGCAAAAUGGUUUAUUUUUAUCUAAAUUUAAUAGCUAUAGUCUAUGAUUUUAAAAAUUAAUUUCACCAUUCACACUUAAUAAUAGUGAAGGUGUUUUGAUCUUAACCACUGUUUAUUGUUCCCAUUGUUUAUAGCAGGAAUUCCAAAAAUAAAAGGAACAUUUUCAUAAUUAACAGUGUGCUAAUGGUUGUCUUUACACUAGGCUGUUUAACCAAAAAUGCAUGUGUGAAGGCCUAAGUAAAAUCUCAAGUAUUCUUACUUUGCAUCUGAUUAAAGUCGGAAAGUUGAAAUGAUUCAAGAAAGCUUCGAGUGAGUUGAAAACCAUCCUUAAAACUGACUUAGCGAACUUGUGGUUUCUAAACUUUGAGAAAGGUGAAGCAUGUCAAUCAAUCGUAAGUAUGUUGCGUGGGAAAACAUGCUUAAGUAAACCUGAAGUAAAAAUGAUAGGUUGUGUGUGAAGCCUUUUUUCACUUGAAGAAUUUAAAAUUUACCUGUCUUGAAUUAUUUCUUAGCUUAUUUAGGCUCUAGUGUAAGGACUACCAAUAUUUCGUUUUUUGACUUGUCAUUAAGAGAGCAAUUAAAAUUAAGCUAUCCCUGCUUUAGUUACAAAAAUGUUCAAACAAAACAAUCGUUGAGUUUUUUUGGACAAAAGGGAAUGUCCAAAAGUUUGUGCGUCUGAGCAAGUUAAAGCCACACAGUCUGAUUGUUUCACUGUCGGACAAUUUUCAGCAUGUGGAUGUUCGGGUACUACAAGGGGGGAAUUAAUGUUAAAUUUACAAACAAGCAAACUUUUAGGUUUUUUUCAGAAAAAUAAAAAUAAAAAACUGUCAAAAUCAGUGACUGUGUACGGGGAGUAGUUUUUUUUAUAUUGUGAAGUUACUUUAUAGGACUUGAUCACCAGUACUAGUUCAGUUCUUUUAAAAAUAAUAUUAGGUGUUUCUAGUUUGAUUUAGUCUGAUUCUCUUGUCAUAUAAAAUUAUGCACCAUCAAUUCCAACUGUGCCCAUCGCCCGCAGGCUCUACUGUGGGGCAUUUUCCAGCCUUGUGGGUCCCGGACAUGGGGCAUCCGCCAAUUUUGCGUGGCUCAGGGGUUGGAUAUUUGCCAACAAACCCCCCCCCCCCCCCCCCCCCCCCUUUUCACACCCCCAUUUCUCUUUAAAAAAAAAAAAAAACAAGGGGGGUUUAUUAAAAAAAAAAAAAGGUGUGGGGGGAGGGGGCCAGUCGCGAGAGAGGCGCGGGGGGGGAGGAGGGGAGGGGUGUGUUGCGUCUGGGUCCCGCGCGUGCCCUCCUCCGUCCCCCGCGGGGUCCUUGGGGGGGGCUUUUCCCCCCUGUGGGGCCCCGGGAAGGGGGGCCCCCCCAAUUUGUGGGGGGCCGGGGGGUGGUAUUUUCCCAAAAAACCCCCCCCCCCCCCCAACUGAGCUUUUGACACACACGUUUUCUUAUCAAAAAAUAACUUAACAUGGAGGGUUUUAAUAAAAACACAAUUAGGUUGGCAGAUUGGCUCAUCUGUUAAAGAUAGGAAAAAACUUGUUUUUAAUUAAUAAAGGUAUGUUCUCUCAGUUUUAUGCUUGCAUUUCUUCAUUGCUUAUCAAGCGAGAACUUACAAAGCGAAUCUUGGACCUAUCGAAGUGAAUCAACGCAUGUUUUUCAUUAUAUUGAAUAAAAUUUCUGUUGAUCUAGGAUUUGAAUAAAAUUUGGUGGUUAUGAUUACAUGCAACUAUGAUAUUUGGAGAGUUUCCUUUCAUAUUAUUCAACUAUUUAGAACAGAUAACUUUAUUGGCACACUGGUAAUUUUAAUGUCAAUUGAUUUACACUAAUGGACUAUUUAAAACCAGACGAAUAACAACAAGAUAAGAAUCAUGAAGUGGAGUCGUCGCGCGUCAACUCUUAAUUAGAGUAGUGCGAUUAUAAGGGCACACCUUAACUGAAACGAAUAAUCACACAUAAAAAUGCUUAAGUGGCAUUACUUGACUGUCAUUGACCGUUAUCCCCACCGUGGGGCAUUUGGCAGCUCAAGUAUCCCCACACCAUCAUUGUAUUUAUGACUCCUAAUUGAUGUUGUUUCAGGAGUGCACUUGAUCACGUCGAGUGAUGUUACAGUAAGAGUGGGUGAACAACUCCACCUAAACUGUACUGUAGUUGGAGCUGAUAAUUCUUCUAAAUAUCAAUUAUCAUGGUAUCAUGGUAAACAGAAACUAGGAGAAAAUGUGAUAGCAAAGCUGAGAAACAACACAGUUCAAGUUAAUAUUGAUCCUGUUGACUGGAACAACAAUGGAACUUAUCUUUGUAAAGAAACUGCUAACAGUGGUCUUCAGCCCAGAAGUGUUGUAGUCAGGGUUGGCGGUAGGUCUUCUUCAAAUUGUGCAUUGACAUAUUUUCCAUUUAUCUGAAGAUGUGUUUUGAGCUCUCUGCCUCUGCCCUUGUGGUAUGCAUGCAUGCAAAAGAAUUGCUGCUCCCUAAUUUUUUUAGAACUCAGAGGUUUAGCUCACCUUUAAACAACCCUAUUUUUCAGCAUUCUUGUUUUAUUUUUUAGCUUAUUUUAAUGAAACUCAGAAAAACAUGACCAACAGAAAAAUAAUUUAUGGAAUAUAGUUUUGUUGCAAGGAAAAAGCCAAUCACACACGAGUAAACAAAACCAUGAACAGCAAGGCAAAUUAAUUUGUGGUUUUUAGGUUUGCUCAUGCAUCCUGAACUUUAUUGUGAUAAAUUCACUGCAUGAUUAAGUCCUGAUAGAAAUUGAUACAGCAUAACACAGUUUUCUAAGUUUGACAGAAACAGUGAUUUUGUUACCCCUGCAUCCGGCAUUCACGUAACCCCAAAGCAUGGUGCAAAGAAAAUCAGCCCUUUGGGUAAGCUGUAGCCAGAAUGACCUAGUCCAAGUGUCAUGUUGACUAGCCAAGAAACAUUUUUGACACACAGGGUGAAUAAUAAUCAGUAUUCAUUAAUUAAUUACAUCAUUUAUAUAGAGAGAAAAAUUCAGAAAAGAAUUCUGAGUACUAGAUGGGAAUUGAAUCCUUCCAGACACUUUAGUCAGAUGCUCUACAAUUACAUCAUUAGUUAAUUUAUUUAAUCACUAAUGCUUUAUUAAUUCCUGGUAGUAAGCUAUGAUUUUAAAUAGAAUUUGGAGCCUUAGGAUCCUUUCUUCUCAGGUAUUUUUAAUAAUAAAUAAUUGUUCUUACCUGAAGAUUGUGCACAUCACACAACAUCUAUUCUGACAUGAAAUGUACCGUUACAAUAAGCCAUUUCGAGUUCCCUUGCGCCUCUGUAUCAAAACAAGGUUAAGAGCUCAGCCUUUGAUAUGGAAAUCAUUUUUUGUUCUCGUGCAAAUAAAACUCAUUUUCAAAAGAAAGGUUGUGCACUUGGCCUCGUUUUGAAAGUGAGGGUUUUUGGAACUUGCAAGCUAUCUAGUGGCCUAUUGUUUUGAUACUCGUUUUUACAGAUUUCAUUUUCUCAGAUUAGCUUGAAAAAAGUUUUUACAUUUAUUAGGAAUUUUAUUUAAUACUUGAGCAAUUUAAAUUCCCCAAUAAAACUUCGCCUGUUGGGCAAGUAAAGAUAAAUACAAAAUUCACUAGCCCAAUGGCAAAAUACCAGGGAUGUCACUUCAAGUUGAGAGGUAAAUACAACAAGUAGGUUGGGAAUAAAACAACUAGGGGUUUCUUUUGGUUCUAUUUUUCUUUUAUUUUCCCAUGAAAGUAGCGGGGGAUCCACAUUCAUAGCAGCCGGGGGAAAUCCCUGGCCUGACAGCCCUGAAAAUCCACUACACCAGGCUAUUGGGCAGAAUGUCAUUGACCAGCCCGAAGAUGGUAUCCUGUUUGCCCGACUCUAAAUCAGCGAAUAUAAAAUAUAAUAUUGUAACAAAAUCACUGAAAAUGAACAUUAUUAAUAACGUUUACUAAUUAAUAAUACCACAUUUAUUUCCUUUAGAGAAAAAUAAUUUUAACGUACGAUCGCUGGUCUGGUAUUUGCAAAUUGUGAGGUAUUUUUGAAAAGCAAUUUUACUGAAACUUGACAUGAUACAUGUAUGUCUGAAACUUGCUGUUGGCCGGUUUCUUUUAGAUAUUCCCAGUUCACCUCAAAAUGUGUGGAUAAAUAAUGUUGAAUUCGAACCAAGAAUUCACUGGACAGCUCCAAAACACCCAGGAGGAUUGCCACUUAGUUAUGUUGUCAAAGAACCAUUGCUGUGCAAGAAUGAUACCAGAUCAGAUAACCCUCACUGCAGUCUUUGUCAAAAACAUCUUAUUUUGGGUACAGAUGUAAAUAUGUUUAUGUGCACACUGAAUGGAUUUUCUCCUCUGGAGGGUAUUGUCUAUGAAGCCAUUGUUGAAGUUAAAAAUGCCCUGGGUUUCAACACAAGCAGUCCUGUUGAAUUCAAAGCCAACAAGUAUGAAAUAUUUUUAAGUGAGUACACUUACAACCGGUUACUUAAUAUUAUCAGUAAUAUUAUUUAUAUAUACGUGCCACGCUAUUUCGUAGCUUUACUGGGAAGAGACUUGCCCACUGGGGAUAGCCAUGAACUGGACUCCCUGAACUGUAACUCCCUUGCAGGCUGGUCCCCCACUCCCACUAAUGUUAUUAUGCAUUCAAAAUAUUUCUUCGUUUCUGAUUGGCGCAAAUCAUGCCCAGCUUGUGUUGACAUUAAGUGAUAUCCAGGGUAAUAUCAUGACACCAAUGGUCGUGCAGGCUAUCGCCAGUAAAUAGCACAAAAACCUGGUGAAGAGGUUGUGUUGAGCGGCUCAGUUGUUUUGGUAGAGCUGGAGAAAAAACAAAGAAUUUCCCACAGUCUGUCAAGACGAAAUAGCUGAACUACUACCCAAGAAUGUAGCAAGAACAACAACAAUUAAUACAACUUGACAGAUGACAACCAGGGCCAGCUGUUACAAUGAUUUUGAGUUGCUGGGUAAAUAAAACAAGCGGUGGGGAAUCAGACAGCUCAGCUAGGGAUUUCUUUUGGUUUUAUUCUUCUUCAAUUUUCCUUUGAAAGUAGCCAGACACCAUGUUUAUAGUCGCCGAGGGAAAUCCCUGGCCCUUGCCUCUUAUAACAGCCCUGGACAACUGCUACAUGUAUUUGAAGAAAAUCUGCUGUACUAAACAUCUCCUUUUAUCCUGAAUUUGCUGAGAUUCAGGCAAAUGAAGAUAUGAACUAAGAAAUCAUGUAAGCCUUUUGUUAAAGAAGGUACACCAUCAUUUUGAAUGACUAAUAAAAGAUUAUUCUAUGCAGAUUUUGUAUGAUACCGUAAAAUUCCGAAAAUAUUUUUCAAAGGUCCAUUUUGGGGGGCUUAUAUUUAGUGGGGCUUACCUACGGAAGGAAGUUUGCGUUUCGGAAUCGAUUAGCCUUAUAAUGGAAGUAAAUUUAGCGUUUUUGCUUUGUUUUACUUUGUAUUUGAGGGCAAUUUUCCAAGUGCAAGCCCCCUGGGGGCUUAUAUUUGGAGGGGCGAUUUAACGGAGAUUUUCUUGCAUUACCGGUUUGGGUGGUUUAUAUUUGGAGGGGCUUAUUUUCAGAAUUUUACGGUAUAUGAUUUCUGAAGAACUAUGUACAAUCUUGAAGGGAGUUAUCCUCCUCGAUCUGCAUAAUUCUUCAGAUCAUACUCAGUCUCAUUCAAUAAUUGCUAAAUAUCUAUUCUCAUUUCAUCUCAGCUACUCCACAACCUGCUAAAGCCUUUACUGCUAAGGAAGUACAGCCAGCUACAACAGUGAAACUGUCAUGGAAGGAUCCCAGAGAGUUAAAUUUCUUUGUG